GGCAGUGCAGGAGCCUCCCGCUUCGUUACCUGGGCGUGCUGGGCAAAUACUCCGUAUCGUGUGUCGGAAGUUGGCUGGAACCCCCUCCUUCUCUUUUUCUAAACUGUUCAUCAACGCAUAUCACUGACCUUUUUGGGCCGGUUUUUGUUUCUCUUCACCCUGUUUUUAAACAGUUGCCAGGCCCCGUUCCGCAACAGCUGCGCCUCGAAAAGUGGUGUUGGGACGAACAUGAGCCUUCGCGCCAUUGCCCAUCGUUUCUGCGGCUUGUGAGACCCUACAGCCGACAAACAGGCCAGCUCAAAUUACAUUAAUUACCUUGACCCCUUUGCUGGUUUUCUCUGCAUACUUCUCUUUCCAUCCUGCCUGGCGACGACUCAUGAUAACCUCCUGUGUCCGGAUCUGAACCUGUCCCCUUCCACAAAACACAUGGCUACUGCAUAUGUGGCGUAGGUUACGUGUUGCACAGGAAGACCCCUCCCGCAACCCAAACGAAACGCCCCUCGGCCGAGCAAAAACCUGGUUUCCCCCUUUUUCGGAUUCUCACCAGGCAUCCACACCGUGGUGAAGUCGAAACGCCAUCAUCAUGCAGUCAAUGCAAAGACAGUUUGGCAAGCUCUUGAACAAGGGCCCCGGAGACAAUGCCAAAGUGUCUGUUCUCCUGAAGGAUUAUGAGGAUGCAGACAAGGUUCUUGCUACGCUGAUUGAGAAUGCUCGUGCAUGGAGAGACUCGUGGGAUUCUCUGAUCAACUCGCAACACAACAUGGUGGUUGAGUUCGAGGGCCUGUAUGAUCCCAUUGUAGGAGCCACGGAUGGCCAUGGCCGUGAGGCAGCACCGACCCCUCAGUUACAGCUAGAACGCACUCUCCGUUUGAAGGAAACGUAUGGCGACCUCAAGACAGAACUGUUGCAAGAGAUUGUGGCCAUUGAGGAACGGAUUCUCAGGCCGGCAACGGAUGCCCGGUCCUACAUCACCCCCAUUCGCAAGACGAUCAAGAAGCGCGAGAACAAAAGACUGGACUACGAAAAGGUCCAGGACAAGACGCUGAAGCUCCAACGAAAACCCGGACGCAACGCCAAGGAAGAUGCAUCUCUUGCAAAGUAUCAGGAUGAGCUAUCUCGUGUGGCUGAUGAGUUCAACAUUGCAGAUGAGCACCUCCGCCAAACGCUGCCCCCUAUUGUCGAGGCGACCUUCAGCAUCGUCCCUCCCCUCCUCGCUGCUCUGGUCCUCAUCCAGAACAGGCUUCUGGGCCUCUAUUACACCACCCUCCACAACUACUGCGAGGACUCCAACUUCCCCUCGCCGGCACCCCCAAUGGAAGAUGUGAUUGCAGUCUGGAACGCCGCCUGCAGCCCCAUCCAAUCCCAAAUCGAACACAUCAGUUUCAUCCGCCACAAAGGCGGCUACACCCAACCUCCACCUUCAAACGGCUACAGGCGCACGCCUUCUGGCCUCAUCCCCAGCACCAACAGCAGCAGCAACAGCCUCCAACCCCGCCCCAUGCGGAUCCCAUCAUCUCACGCCCUCAAACCACCCUCUCCCUCCCCAUCCCCGGCAAAAACACCCCCUUCGUCUUUCAGCUCCCGCCGACCGGAGUGGGCCAACCCGACAGAAUUCACCACGGCGUCUCACCUCGGCGGAGCGAAUAUCGAUCGUUCAAAGCCGGCCCGUGAGCGGUCUGUUUCGCCAAAUCCAGCGGUGGGAAGUAUUAUGGUCAACGGGGGGUUGGUGGUGAAGAAACGGCCUCCUCCUCCACCGCCGCCGAAGAAGCCCGCGUUGGUGCAGGAGCAGUGGGUUGUGGCGCUGUACCCGUUUGCUGGGCAGGGGCAGGGAGAUCUGAGUUUUGAUGAAGGGGAGCGGAUCAAGGUGGUGACCAAGACGCAGACGGACCAGGAUUGGUGGGUGGGGGAGUUGAGGGGGGUUAGGGGGAGCUUUCCGGCGAAUUAUUGCCGGCCUGCUUGA